AUGCUGGCUUCGUUGGAUGAUAUUGCCCCAAGGGACGAUAGAACCCGAGAAGUGCUCCGGCAGAAGCAUCCUCCGGCACCUGAGGACCUAACUCUCCCUGAACCUGCAGGGGAGGACUACCCGCCUCCUUCUAUCGUAGGGGAAGGGGAUGUGAGGAAAGCCAUCGCUUCCUUCAGGCCGGGUUCGGCGGGUGGCCCGGACGGGCUACGCCCGGGUCAUCUGGUGGCCCUGAUUUCGCGGAAGGCGGGUGAGGCGGGCGCGAGGCUACUGGCCUCCCUUACCGGGAGCUCUCAAGGCCUCAAAAUCUCUCAAGGCCACAAGAGCUCUCAAGUCCUCAAAAUUUCUCAAGGCCACAAGAGCUCUCAAAGCCUCAAAAUCUCUCGAGGCCACAAGAGCUCUCAAGGCCUCAAAAUCUCUCGAGGCCACAAGAGCUCUCAAAGCCUCAAAAUCUCUCGAGGCCACAAGAGCUCUCAAGGCCUCAAAAGCUCUCAAGGCUACAAGAGCUCUCAAGGCCUCAAAAUCUCUCAAGGUCACUCGUACCCAGAAGGCAAAUCAAUUGAAUACUUAGAAUCGAAUUCCUUGCCCCAAAUCGCGCACGAGAUCUUUGUCUCGAGGUCCUUGUCUGUGGGUAUCGUAGGCGCGGACUCUUUGUCUUGUGGCAUCCACGACUAUAAGAACAGCUCGGCGCUCCACGUGAUGGGAGAGAGAAGAAUUUUUGGAGCGCUGCCAUUCAAGCCAAAAUGUCAGGAUGAAUGCAAUGGGACUAAAAAUGUCGAAUGCACGGUGAAGCUUCAAAAGAACAAGUACUGGGAGUCAUGGAGCGCAUUCUGGACGUUGACGAUACUAGCUGUCAUGGUGGUGGAUACGUACUACGCAGCGACAGAUCCUCGCGGCAAGUUAGUCGGCUGUAAGACGAUGGUCUUCGCUCACAUGAACUGCGACAUUACGACAGGCGUGACCGUAGCUCUUCUCCAGAUGAUCUUUUGGCGACAGAGUGACCAGCUGGCACAGAUUUGGAAUCAUGUCAAUUCCCUAGGACAAAAAGUCAGCUUGAACUAUGCCUUUACAGCAGUGUUGGCAUUCAUCAUCAUAUUUCCCGCUGCUGCAAACGCUAUAGUUUACAUACUAUUCUUGAGGAAUUACACACCAGCGAUAUCGCUAGUAGCCGCGUGCUCGAAAGCGAUGUUGAUUGCCUUCUUUUAUCUUAUUCUUGCAAUAAUAUAUCAUCAUGGAAUGCAAAUAACUGGCAGCUACCUGAUGACUGUUCUACAACCCAUCACAGAAACCUUCAAGAAAGAAAUGGAAAAUCGAAGCCACCGAAUAAAUUGGCAUUCGCCAAAUGACGUUGAGAACAACCAAACCAAAAUUUCCAAUAUACAGCCUCUCGAUUACCAAAAUACCAGGAGCACGAAGUCGGAAAUUGGUAAGAAUCGACGAUUAUUGUUACCCAUUUUAGUAAAGAACGCAUGGCAUGAAACAGAACUGCAACUCAUGAAGGAUGAAAUCCUUGACGCCUACUGCCUCCUGGCCGACAUCAAGACCUACUGCGAGCGACCCCUGGCGGUGGUUAUGUAUUGCCUCAUCAUUUGGUUGUUGACGUCGGCUUUUUACUUGACUUUAUGGCCAGUCAUGAAGAUUCAGCAGCGAAUUGUUGGCAGCAGCCACUUGGUUGUUGCUGUGGUUCCACUUUUUUACCUACUCAAUUCGAAUCACUGCCUCCGAAAACAACUGUACCACAUGAAGUGGAUGCUCACCUACCUCGCACAUCGCAAGACAAAUACUUACGAGUAUAAAAAGGAACAG